AACAUCAUGUUUUGUGUGUCUCCUUCAGGAACUGACCAAUCAGUAGUCAGGAUGAUGCCCAAGCAGCUGGCACAGACGUCUCCGGGGAGUGUGUUGUCGCUCAGAGGCACCGGCGUCCCAGGAUCCCCUGCUGCUGCCAUCGUGGCCAGAGUGGAGGACGGGGUUAUCGGCUAUAAGGACUUGGCAGCCUUACCGAGAGACAAAGCCAUCCUGGACAUCGAGAGACCCGAUCUGAUGAUCUACCAGCCGCACUACAGCUACAGUCCUCUGGAGGUGACGUCUCCCUCCAGUCAUAGUUUAGAGAUUCCUGCUGACAGCUACACUGGUGCUCUCUGGACGUCCUGCCUGAUGGGGGCGCUGUUUAGAUGAGGCACCGUGUGGAGCUGUGGCCUGGAAACAUG